AUGAGUCACACAAAUGAUUGUAUGAGCAUGAAGAUGAGCAUCUCUAAACUGUUUUAUGUGAUGACAUUCAUUCUGUCUAUAAUGUGUCAAUCGGCAAAACCUGUGAAAUCCGUAACAAAAGCACCUGCAAAAACUGUAGAGAAACCAUCUGCAAAGACUCGUUCAAGACCAAAACCAACCCCCGAAGAGAUAAAGAAAUUUAAAUGUCCUUACGCCAUAGAUAAUGGAAUAUUAGACAGUGAAACAGAAAUAGAAAUACGGUGCAUGCCUGAAAAGUGGUGGAAAUUCAACGUAAAUGAUACAGAGCCCAUACUUCUGGAUGAAAUAAUGGAAAGAAAGGAUAUAGCCUCAUAUUAUGACAGUUAUGUAGAAAUGUCGUACAUUGCCAAGGAUCUUUCUAGUGAUUUUCUUAUGCUUAUCAAUGCACUUAAGGUUGCAGAGGCUCAGCUUCCAGCAGAGCUUAAAUCCAUAAUAAUGCCUUUUGUGAAAUUCUUUGGUAAGUAUAAUCAGCAGGACUACUACUUUUUCAUUGACUUAAUCAAUUGUUUGGUGUUCACAGCUUUCCAUACACCUGAUGGGAUUCAAUAUGCGCAAAAGGAGAUAGAAAUUCAACACAAUUCAAAAGUAGUGGCAUAA